GGGAACUGUAUUUCUCGCCUGCACCGGUACUGCCAAGUGGAUGGUGCUCUCGAGGAUCGGGCGUUGUCGAUUAGGAGACUGAACUUAUCGCAGAUGCAGGACGGCAACGGCAGUUCGAGCCCGCGGGAGGAGGAGGACUCCUUGAUAAGUCACAUGUGGCCAUACGGGCAGCCGAACGGGACAAAAGUGCGCGAACCAGCGGACUUUGGAGGGGCUCACGUGACAGGAAUGGGUCUGUCGAAAGAUGGGAUGCAUCUCGUCUUGGGCGUAGCGAAUGGAGAUCCAAAAGAAAUAUGGGACAGUGGGACCAGAUCUCGGACUGACAACGGCUCCGUGUUCACUUCUUUGUCUCUCGCCGACGGCUCUCGAUUGUCAUCUCCCCCUUUGAGCAAAUUGUCCCAGGCGUGGGCGUUAGAGCCUAACAAGGGUUUUCUUUACUAUUUGCAAUCUGAUUCCGCAUUACUGAACGUCACGGUUAAYGAUGUCGGACUUCCAAACGGCAAUCCGAACCCGAUAUCCCCUCAGAAUAUCGGAUUGCCGAGUGAUCCUAUCGAUCCUAACGAGGAGUUCCAAUCUGGAAGCCUUCUAUCGGACGGCAAUUGCCUGUCGGCCCUCCCACGUUAUUUCGGCGUAGCGGAUGUUACGGCAUUGGCACUUGGUGAUAACGGCGACGGCUUAAGCCUCUACGUUGGAACCAGCGAUGGCAGCGUGUAUCUCGUUCCGCUCAACAGGUCGGAACUGAGCAGUUGUGAAGAGGAACGGUACUGGCCGCGAGCAGUGGCAGGCGUACGUAGAUUUCAUCUUCGUUUAUACCGAGUCGAGUAUUUUCCGGUUAAUCUGUGUUCGUCAGUACUGGCAGGCAUGAUCUAUUUCGUAAUAGUUAUUGUACCCUCCUCCUGGGGCUCCGGAUUCGAUCCAUGGACUUACUUUGUUGUAGUUGUUCCUUCGAUAUUUCCAGCAGUAGCAAUAGCAACUUGGGCAUUUGUGUGGGUUUGCGUGGCCAGAAAGCGUCGACGUCGAGCUCUGGAACAGGUCAAUCACAACUCUGCCGUUGCUGGCCGGMCGAGGACUUCAGSUCCGCGGGACUGCACUGCUGUGGAUUUCUGGGGACUGAGGCCGUCACGCGYCCAGCAGUUCGGGAUAAAAACUCUAUCGGAUUGCACGGACAAUUUUAGCUCGAYUCAUCAAAUCGGGAACAGAGGGUCAUUUGGGAAAGUCUACAAGGGUUCGCUCGAUGGGAAGGAUGUGGCGAUCAAGGUGAUGGCCGGCGAGCUAACGGACACCAAACGGAACCAGUUCGUGGCGGAGGUGAACACUCUCAGUGCAGUUAAUCACGUCAAUCUCAUCCAGCUCACUGGUUACUGCCAGGAGGGCAAUCAAUGCAUCUUGGUGUACCCCUACUUCCCGGGGGGGUGCUUGCACGAGCGGUUAUCUCCUAACACUGAUAAGCAGCUGAGCAUUGAGUUGGAUUCUCCUCCCCCACUCACUCUCCAGGAGCGCAUGAGCAUUGCCUUCCAGAUUGCCAGGGGGCUCCAGUAUCUACACGAUGAUGCCAAGCCUCCCAUCAUCCAUCGUGACAUCAAGAGUAGCAACGUCCUGCUUGGCGAUGGCUGUGGGGACACACUCCAUGUAGUCAUCACUGACUUCGGAUUGGCGGCCAUCGGGGAGAGGGUGUUGGACACAGGACACGACCAUGUUGUGCUCACAUCUCACAUUGGUGGCACCUUUGGGUACAUGUCGCCCGAGUACAUGCUGAGAGGCGAGCUGUCCGAGAAGAACGACGUGUACUCCUUUGGGGUUCUUGUCCUGGAGAUGCUAACGGGAAAACAGGUGGUCACACGGGCGCCUUCUGGGGUGGGAUGGCAGACACUGGUGGAGUGGGUGAAGCCUUUCCUUCAAGAUCAAGGUGAAAAAGCGCAACACCCGAGUCUGGACAUGCCAUGUGCUAUUCUUGACCGCUGUUUGUGGGAUCAUAUGGCGAUGAACAGCUUCAGACUGGCUUGGGAAUGUGUCCAUGAGGACUACGGGUCAAGGCCGGCAAUGCGAGCUGUUGUGCAGCGCAUCCACAGCAUGCUUCUUGAUGUUGGUUGGGACUUCUUGAUCCAAACAAUGGACAUGGAGCACCUUCUGACGACACCAGAGGCAGAGGAUAACAUCUGCAAGGUCUAUGAUGCUGAGUUACAAGGGGGUCAUGAAGUGCAGCUAGCGUGAGGGAUGGAUGAGAACUGUAGAAGGAUGCCACAUUUCUAGAUGUGAGGAGAGUAGAACGGAGGCCCUUGUGAGUACUGCUCUUUGUCUAAGUAUAUACUAUGAAUUCCUUUUUGUCUUAGCGAGUCAUAGCACGUAGCAUUACAUUAUCGGGUAGAAUUCAAGCUCGUGAUCUGCCUAUUCAGUGUUACAUGAAGUCUGCCGUACGCACAGCCAGCAGGCUGCAAGGUGCUCAAAUCUUUCACAUGCUGACAAGUGAAAGUCAUUGUGUGGGUCUAGAGCUGAAACUGCGAAUACUUACCUGCUUGUUUUGGGGACUGGAUGUGUGGAGCCUUCAUUAGAUUCAGCCAAAGUUACGUUAGAGCAAGACGUGUUAUGCACUGCACCUC